UUCGAGUUAUUUUGAAACUUGGCCACACAUUCCAUCUCUUUUUUAGUUUCUAAAAUUGUGCACACGGAAAUCUUUUUCCCUCAAUGGAUUCUAAUGAUGAUUUGCCUAUUGUCGAUGUCCUUACUUUUAUUACUGAUGAACUUCUACAUACGUACCGUUCCUGCGUUGGAGAAAAAGAUAAAGAAAAAUCCAUCAUCGAAUUUUUGGAAAGGUUGGAUGAUGAUAAAUCUAUUUUAAAACUCAAGACUAUCAAUAUUGAAAUAAAAUCUGAUCUGGAUUGGUUUAAUGUUAGUCGGCCUUUAACGAUUUCAGAACUUCGCGGUAAAAUAGUCAUUUUAGACUUUUUUACUUAUUGUUGCAUUAAUUGUAUGCACGUACUACCUGAGCUUCAUAGCAUACAAGACAGCUUUCCUCCAGAAAGUGGAUUGGUAAUCAUCGGGGUGCAUAGUCCUAAAUUUGAGAAUGAACGUGCUAAUUCAAACAUUUUAUCUGCAGUGCUAAGAUAUGGGGUGACCCAUCCGAUUGUAAACGAUUUUGGUUCCACUUUAUGGCAAUCUCUAAGUAUUCGCUGUUGGCCAACUCUUAUAGUUUUGAGUCCUGCUGGUUUGCCUUUAUUGCUUCUAAUGGGCGAAGGAAACGGGAAAUUUCUCGAGAACUUUAUAAGUGUCGCAUUGUCAUUCUUUGGUCGUCAAGGAAAAUUGGAACACUACAACUUGCCCCUUCAACUUUCAACCAAUCCGAACCCUGCAUCUAAAUUACGUUUUCCUGCAAAGAUUGCCCGCAGCCCAGCCGGUCGGUUCGCGAUUUCUGAUGCUGGUAAUAAUCGAGUCCUAGUGGUUUCAAGUCGUGGUUUAGUGGAACACAUAAUCGGAGAUCACAAGGCUGGACUAAUUGAUGGUAAAUUUACGGAGGCACGAUUUAAGCAUCCUCAGGGCUUAACUUUUCUUGAUGAACAUACUUUGAUUGUGGCAGACACGGAAAAUCACGCAUUAAGAAAAAUUUCUUUAGCUGACGGAAUAGUAAAAACUCUAGCUGGUACUGGUGUUCAAGGAUGUGAUCGAAUUGGAGGGAACGCAGGUCCGGUGCAGCCUAUAUCAUCGCCUUGGGAUGUUGCUAUAUUUCGCACUCGUGAUAUGGAUAUGUCGUUUCAUCUGGACGAACGAAACGUUUUAGAGAAAACAAUUGUACUUAUUUCAAUGGCCGGAACACACCAAAUUUGGGGCUAUUUCCCAGAAGGCAUUAUUUGGUGGAAGUUUCGGAAGUUUGAUCCCUUAUGUUGUGUUUCAUUAAUAGGAAAUGGUUUAGAGGAGAAUCGUAACAAUUCCUAUCCUCAGAAUGCAGCAUUUGCUCAACCAUCGGGAUUAGCUAUGUCAAAAGACUUUUUGUUUGUAGCUGACAGUGAAAGUUCCAGUAUACGUAAAGUCUCUUUAGUCGACGGAAAGGUGAUGCCAGUUGUUGGUGGAGACCGGAACCCCCUUAAUUUAUUCGCAUUUGGUGAUGUAGACGGAAAGCUUUAUAACGCCAAACUUCAACAUCCUUUGGGAGUGGCGUGUCAUACUACUGAAAGCAAAAUUUUUGUGACCGACACUUAUAAUCAUAAAAUCAAAGUUAUUGACACUGAUGAAAAUUAUGUUUCAACGAUGGCCAUUGUAAAUGAAGAUGGUUCCCCUAUAGUUUUUAACGAGCCAACGGGAUUGUGUUUGGACGCUGACGGAUGUAAUUUACUAGUGGCUGAUACCAACAACCAUACUAUAUAUAUAAUUGACUUGCUAACUCUAAAGGCGAAGCCAUUUUGCUUAGAUUUUAGUCAAGUUACAGAAAGGGAAUCGAAUGAGCCCCAAUAUUCAUUUAUAAAUAGAGAGCUCGUCCAUAAAACACUUUCUUUACAUUGUAGUGAAAUUAAUACUAUUAUAUUUAAUAUUUUACUUUUAUUACCACUAAAGUUUACUGAAGAAGCUCCUCAGAAAUGGAUAGUACAAAAAUUAAGUCAAUCGGUUAACGUAACUCAUUCUUCAGGAACGUUAGAUAAUGGAACUUGUAAUAUUCAAGUGCAGAAUAAAAAUCUUAAUAGUGAGGAUAUUACAAACCAAAUUGUCAUUGAAUUUUUAUUAAAUUUAUGUGAGGUGAAAUUUUGCCUUAUAAAACGGUUUUUAGUAACUAUCGAUAUAAAAUUUAAUGAGAAAGUGUGUGAAAAUAGACAUGAUGUAAAUAUUCAAAUCGACCGAUCUAAUAUACAUAUUGAGUAAAGGAUUAUCUUAUUAAGUUUCUAAACCUUUUUUUAUGAAAAGUGUAAAAAUCCCUUCACUUUUUUUAUAGCCUGUAUCUUGACCAACUCUUGUAAACACAAUAGCUGCAAAAAAUUAAUUGAAUAAAUGUAUAAAGCUUCAUUAUUAUAAACACAA